UCCGAGAGUAAGUUGUGCUGUAACUUGGGGUUGACAGAUGUUUGGACUUUGCAUUUAGACCACUAUUGCACUAACCAAUUUUCCACUUUUAUUUCUUUUCUGUCAGGUGCCCAAGAAUAUACUGACCGGAAUCCAACCUUUGAACACAAGGUAAUAGUACCUCAGUGGUGGUUAAAAGUGAAAGCAUUAUGAUCGAAAUGAACGGAAACGACAGUUUUUGUAAAAACAAGUAUCCAGAAGAGGUAAUAAUUGCAAUAUAAAUCCCCCAGAUUUCAUUGCGGCCAUGAAACCUUAAACCACUCUGAGUGGAGUUAGCCCGCUCUAGUUGUCAAUGGCCUAAAAUGUCAAUGAUGAUUGACACGCUCGGGUUGUUCUUUAGUUCCCCCCCCCCCCGUAGGCGUCGUGCGGACCGAGCCGUCCCGCCUUUGGUCCAGGAGCUGCUCGUCCAGCUCCCUCAGCUGCUUGAGGAAGCCCCAGUUGGGCAGGAUCCUCCGGCGCGUCUUCACGUGCGCCGCGGCGUCGGCCAGCGUCAUGCCCUCGCCGAUCAUCAGGCUUCCUCGGUUUCCAUCCUUUCUUCCUCGGAUCCUUCCUAGCUCCUUCAUUCUUUCCUUCCACCCCUCCACCCUCAUUCCUUCCUUAGAGGCUCUGAUCUUCUUUCCCUCCCUUCUUCCACCCGUUCUUCAAUAAUAAGACGCACUCCAAGUCCGUAGUUGCCGGAGACGCGAGCGAACGGGCCAGACGACGUUUGCCGACCCUCGACCUCCUCGGCCGUAAUCUACCCGGCGACGUGUGUGGCUAUUUUAACGUGGCCCAAGAAUAAUUCCGGCGUCAUCUUGCUGAAAGCCGGCUCACAAGAUGAGACAGAGACGGCGGCGCCGGCGGCGGCGGCCGUCACGCUGCAGGUGGAGGUCGAGGUCGAGGAGCAGCGCCAGAAAGUUGCGGUUGGGGUAGAUGGCCCUCUUGCGCACCAGCCGCCGCAGCGCCUCCUCCAGGCUGAGGCGGCGGUAGAUCAUCAGGUAGGCCAGCACCAGCGCGGACGAGCGGCUCAUUCCCAUCAUGCAGUGCACCAGAACUUUGCCUGAGGGGGAGUACGAGUCAUAUCUGCGGGCGCUUUGUUCCUCUUAAGAAGAUCGCAGCCUCUGCUCGUUUGUCUACGUGAAAGGAGUCUGGGGUCUUCGAUAGAAGCGUCUCGCGUGCGUGCGAAAUGAGCCCGCCGAGCGUCAGGCGCUGGACGCCCAAGAACGUGGCCAAGUGGCUGAAGGACGAGGGCUUCUGCGACUACGUGGACCUGCUGUGCCACAGGCACCGGCUGGACGGCAGCAGCCUGCUGGCCCUCAGCGAGUACGACCUGCGCUCGCCCCCGCUGGAGCUCAAGGUUCUGGGCGACAUCAAGCGCCUCAUGGCGUCCGUGCGCAAGCUCCAGAAGCAGAACCUGGACCUGCUGGAGGAGCUGGGCCUGCCCUUCGACGGGCACUCGCCCGCCGGCUCGGGCGACCGGCUGUGCAACGGCGAGGCGGCGCGCGACGGCGCCGACACGGCGCCCGUCGGGGAGGAGUACCAGAAGUACUCCAACGGCAAGUUCAAGCAGCAGACGCGCCGCCUGGAUCCCGAGUGCUGGAAGACGGUGCUGAGCUCCGUCUACGUGGUCUUCGUGUUCGGAUUCACCUCCUUCGUCAUGGUCAUCGUGCACGAGCGCGUCCCCGACAUGCGCACCUACCCGCCCCUGCCCGACAUCUUCCUGGACAGUGUGCCUCGAAUCCCGUGGGCCUUCGCCAUGGCGGAGGCGUGCGGCGUCAUCCUCUGUGUCAUCUGGCUGCUCGUUCUACUGCUGCAUAAACAUCGGUCCAUACUCCUGCGCCGCAUGUGCAGCCUCAUGGGUACGGUGUUCAUGUUGCGCUGCAUCACCAUGUUCGUCACCUCCUUGUCCGUGCCGGGACAACACCUGCAGUGUUCCGGGAAGGUAACGUUCACCCGCUCGGCGCUUCCAGCCUUGUUUCAAAACGAAUUUGCUCUUGACAACCACAUGUACGGCGACACGUGGGCCAAGCUGCGGCGGGCCGUGGCCAUCUGGAGCGGCUUCGGCAUGACGCUGACGGGCGUUCACACGUGCGGCGACUACAUGUUCAGCGGACACACCGUCGUCCUCACCUUGCUCAACUUCUUCGUUACGGAGUACACGCCGCGCAGCUGGCACUUCAUCCACACGCUGUCGUGGGUGCUCAACCUGUUCGGCAUCUUCUUCAUCCUGGCGGCGCACGAGCACUACUCCAUCGACGUCUUCAUCGCCUUCUACAUCACCACGCGCCUCUUCCUCUACUACCACACGCUGGCCAACACGCGCGCUUACCAGCAGAGCCGCCGGGCGCGCAUCUGGUUCCCCAUGUUCUCCUUUUUCGAGUGCAACGUCAACGGGCCCGUGCCCAACGAGUACUGCUGGCCCUUCUCGCGGCCCUCCGUCCUCAAGUUGAUCAUCGGCUAGAGAGGUCGGCGCCGUCGGAGUGACUUGACACAGCCUGCCUUUUACUUACGGGAUUUGUUGGAUCGAAAGUAAGAAUCAGCCAAAAUUGUCUGUGUCUCCCUUUUGUCUUAAUUAUGAUUCCAUUUGCCAAUGACCUUGCGCUUUGCAAUAGGUUUUCUUGUGUAGAAAUGUCCCCAAAAAAUAAAUCAAAUCAGGGGCGGGUCCUUCUUCCUAUCAGGGGGCAUACAACAGCGCAUCAGUGGUGACUUGAGAUACGAAUGACCAGAUCGGAGUCUUCUUUCGGAUGAGUUUUUGGCUUUGACUUGAAAGCAGAAAUUUGAGAUAGGAGUGUUGUGUGGUGGCAGUGAACUCGACUCACUUCACAACAAGCAAUCGCUUGGCGGAUGUAAUCAAUUACUCCAAAAAGAAGCUUCAAGCUGUUUAUUUCCACUCCCAGUUGAGGUUUAUUACCAAACAACAUUGUAAAAGUUGAAUAUUUAAGAACAGAAACUUUGCCUUGAAGUCCCCUAGCUUAAUGCUAACGGAAACAACUUGGGCGGGCUAACGAAACUAGCAUCAAUGUUGCGGUAGUUAUAACGCAUUAAGCAAAGGGUAUUUGAACACAAUCGUGGGGCAACACAUUUACACUGACAAUAUAGCAAUACUCACGGGCUUAUAUUCUUUAUUAUCUGUGUAAAAUGACUAACAUUAAAGCUGCUGAGUGAGUCACAGUUGUGAACUGUAUUAGUUUGUGUUUUGUCUUUGUGUCAUUUUAUUGGGGAAAGAUUUGAGAUAUGAAUGUUGUGAGUCAGAACAAAUUAUGUCAAGGCACCACAUAGUCAAAUGCUGUUGCAACAUUUUUCCACAAUGGAAUUAAUGUAUUUUUGCCCCUCAAAAUUCAACAUACAACCCCAUUAUGACAUGUAUAAUGUAUUUAGAAACAAAUCUCUGAAUACAAAAUGUGGAAGCAGUGAUGUGCUGUAAAUCGUUUCUGGAUGCACUGUUAAUUGAGGAAAACUAAUUGUCCGCAUUUGUGGGGUCAUGUUUUUUCAAAUUAUUAUUUUACAGUGGACCGGAUCGAAUGUUCUGGUGGAGCCAUUUGUGGUCCGCGUGCCACAGUUUCCCCACCACCGAUAAAUCUCAUUAAAGCUAGUACAAUGUUUAGUUAUUUAAGGGAUAUCUCAAAAAUGGAUGUUAACUUAUUCAAAUUAGUGUUUUUUGUACUAAGGCAGCAACAUGCACACAUCACAUGGUUUACAGUUGCUCAAAGUGGCGUUUUUGUGUGUUUGUGUGUUGUGAGACACACAAACAAACGUGCUUUUUUUUCUUUCUUUUUUAGUGUAACGAUUCUCUUGCUGGCAUUUGUUUGUGUGAUGUAAUGUAAAAACAAACAAACACUCAGCCUCAGCCAUGGUUUCACAUCUUAAGUCAUUUGUAACAUAACAGAGGACAUUUGACGUUUUAAUGUUUGUCUGCAAACUGAUGGUCUGCCUGUCCAUCAAAUGUGACAUUUAGCAAACAAGUGAAUCUUGAUAGUUCUAUGCCUUUUUUUCUGCAAAUGUGUACAUAGGUGAGCCAUUUAGUUGACGAGAGUGUAUUUUGGUGGCUUUGAGAUGAAAUGCUGCAUCCACCAGCGAUGAUGCAAUGGAACUUGGUGCCACAAAAAAUGCUUUGAUUGACAAAUCCGCUCCUAAAAACGUGCCAAUGUCACCAUGUCAAGCUGUGAAAAUGUCUGUAAUUGAUUGUCCUUGAGGUAUUUGGACGAAGGCAUGCAACAGACACGUUGUCAAGACACCAGGGAACUGUUUUCAGUUGUGAAAAAAUGCAUGUCUCCUUUGAACGCCACUGCGUUUUUUAAAUCAAUAAAUAGGCGAUUAAAAAGA